GAUCCAAAUCUGAGAUAAAUUUGCGUGGAGGGAGAAACUGGAAUAUCUUGCUAAAAACAGGCUACUUGCUAAUCUCUCCUUAGAAGAGGAGGAGGUAAACACUAAACAUCAACUUGUUCUAACAGGGAAGAUUCAAACCCUAAGUAUAAUAAAUGGGGGAUUACGGGUUUGGAGUGUUAGUGCAAAACAACACUGGAAAUAAGUCAGCUUUUCCAGUCAGAUUUCAUCCACAUCUGCAGCCUCCACACCAUCAUCAAAAUGCAACCCCCAGCCCUGCUGCUUUUAUAAAUAAUAACACAGCUGCCAAUGGCAGUAGUGCUGGGUCAGCUUGGCUCUUUCCUGCUCCAGCUGCCCAUAAUAUUCAGGAUGAGAUUCUGGGGUCAGAAAAAUCUAAAACUCAGCAACAGGAAAAGCAAGAGUCCCUAGAAAAACAGCAACUUUCCCCCAGUCAAAGUCAGGAAGCAGGCAUGCUCUCUGAAUCCGAGAAAGCUAAAACUGAAGAAAAUCAGGGCGAUAAUUCUUCGGAGAAUGGCAAUGGAAAGGAGAAAAUAAGAAUAGAAUCGCCGGUGUUAACAGGAUUUGAUUAUCAAGAGGCUUCGGGGCUCGGUACUUCGGCACAGCCCUUGACAUCCACUGCAUCUUCUCUGACUGGUUUUAGUAACUGGUCUGCGGCGAUAGCUCCUUCUUCUUCUACGAUAAUCAAUGAAGAUGCAAGUUUUUUUCACCAGGGAGGGGUCCCUGCUGCCUCAGCUAACAAUGGUGCUCUGCUGUUUCAGAAUUUUCCACAUCAUGUCAGCCCUGGCUUUGGUGGUAGCUUUUCCCCUCAAAUUGGACCCCUCUCUCAACACCACCCUCAUCACCCCCAUUUUCAGCAUCAUCACAAUCAGCAUCAACAACAGAGGAGGUCUCCUGCAAGUCCUCACCCACCACCAUUUACGCAUAGAAAUGCUGCUUUUAAUCAGUUGCCUCAUUUGGCUAAUAAUCUAAACAAGCCACCUUCUCCAUGGAGCAGCUACCAAAGUCCAUCGCCUACACCAUCUUCAUGGAGCCCUGGUGGCGGUGGAUAUGGUGGGUGGGGUGGGUCCCAAGGUCGAGACCACCGCCGGGGACUGAACGGAGGGAUAACACCCCUGAAUUCCAUCUCACCCUUAAAGAAGAAUUUUGCCAGUAAUCACAUCCAGUUGCAGAAAUAUGCUCGACCCAGCUCAGCCUUUGCUCCAAAAUCGUGGAUGGAAGACAGCUUGAGUAGAGCUGACAAUAUUUUUCCUUUUCAGGAUCGCACAAGGACUUUUGACAUGCAUUCACUGGAGAAUUCGCUGAUUGACAUAAUGAGAGCCGAAAAUGAUUCACUGAAAGGUCAGUCUUCGCUGUUUCCAAUGGAAGACGGGUUCUUGGAUGACGGACGUGGCGAUCAGACUCUGCACAGUGGGUUGGGGUCACCUCACUGCUUCUCCCAUCAGAAUGGGGAGCGAGUGGAGCGCUACUCCAGGAAGGUCUUUGUUGGUGGGCUGCCCCCAGACAUCGAUGAAGAUGAGAUCACUGCUAGCUUUCGUCGCUUUGGACCUUUGAUUGUAGACUGGCCACACAAGGCAGAAAGCAAAUCUUAUUUUCCUCCUAAGGGAUAUGCAUUUUUGCUGUUCCAAGAUGAAAGCUCUGUGCAGGCACUGAUUGAUGCAUGUAUUGAAGAAGAUGGAAAGCUCUAUCUUUGUGUUUCCAGCCCUACUAUCAAAGACAAACCGGUUCAGAUCCGGCCUUGGAACCUUAGUGAUAGUGAUUUUGUUAUGGAUGGUUCACAGCCUCUUGACCCACGAAAAACCAUUUUUGUUGGUGGUGUUCCUCGGCCUUUACGAGCAGUGGAACUUGCAAUGAUAAUGGAUCGACUCUAUGGAGGGGUGUGCUAUGCUGGAAUUGACACAGACCCUGAGCUGAAGUACCCAAAAGGAGCUGGGCGGGUUGCAUUUUCUAAUCAACAGAGUUACAUAGCUGCUAUCAGUGCUCGCUUUGUUCAGCUGCAGCAUGGAGAGAUAGAUAAACGGGUGGAAGUUAAGCCAUAUGUCUUGGAUGAUCAGCUUUGUGAUGAAUGUCAGGGGGCCCGUUGCGGUGGAAAAUUUGCUCCAUUUUUCUGUGCUAAUGUUACCUGUCUGCAGUAUUACUGUGAAUAUUGCUGGGCUGCUAUCCAUUCACGCGCUGGCAGGGAAUUCCACAAGCCCCUGGUGAAGGAGGGAGGAGAUCGCCCAAGACAUAUUUCAUUCCGCUGGAACUAAAUGAUCGCUGCAGCGCUCAUAUGCAGGCCUCAAAUUAAGUGCACUCUUCUGUUAUCCUGAUUGUCCCUACCCACCCUGCCCUUUCUCUUAUUCAAGAUAGCAUGUCCUUUUGUAGUAGUCUGUAAUUUAACAAUAGUAUAAUGAAAGAAUGACCUAUAAUAUGGGUAUUUUGUAGAAUCUUGUCAUUGAAAACUGUAUUGGGAACUCCUUUUCGUAUUGAUAACAUGUUGCAAGUGAGUUGCAUUCUCUUGUCUUUACUAGGGAGAGAACACUUAAUUUCAUGCAACAUUUUCUUAGAGGAGAGAAAAAUAUUAAGAAAAGAGAAUUGAAACAAUAGAGUAUUUUGGUUUUUUAAUUAAAUUAUUGUUAAUAAAGAACAUAAGAAUACUUUUAUUAAAAUAACCGUGUAACAAUAACACUAUAAGUCUGUUCUGACACUUUUCCCCAGGGAAGCCUGUUUUUGCCUCUCGUUUUGUUUUGACUUUGGAUUUUUCCAGCAACAGAUGAAGUUAGCGUUUACCUAUCAACGGGAAAGAGCAUGUUUAAAGCAACAAAAAUGCAUGAGUAAAGUUGAAGCAGCAUUUUAAUAACGAUAGUUCUUUCUUUCUUUCCUUCUUUCUUUCUUUAAUCUUUUAAGGGUUUUGAGGCUGAAAUUUUUGCUCGGUAUUUAUCUGACCUUGCCUCUGACUACCACCCACAUCCAAAUUAGUAAUGAGAUAGGCAGAGCUUACUAUAUUUUCAUCAAAAUUAUUACAUUUUAAGAAUUCCUGAAUGUAAAAGUUGAGUAAAGUUACUACUGAGGGGGGAGUGCACUUUUUUUUUCUUUAUGUUUAAGAGAAUUCAAUUGUCUGGUUACAGCCCUAGAAGUCCAACCAAAGCUAGAGUAAUGACAACUAGUUAACUGGCAUUUCCUCUCCUGAAGGAUAAAUAUAUAGAUUUUAUUUUUGAUGGCUAUAUUAUAACUCUAUAUCCUAAUAUACUAACAUUCAUCAGGGGCCAGCCUUUGCUCUCCAUUUUGACAUGAAAAACUAGAAAACCUUAAGAUACCUCAAGGAUAUCACUAAUUUUUACUGAAGUUUUGAUAUUCCAGUGUGUCACACAAAGUAAAAUGGGCUGCUUACUGGUUUCCCAUCAUGGAUGUAAAGUCAGUUUUGAAUACUCUCUAACUUAGUUGUAACAGAAGGCAUGAACCUCCAUAGUUUCCAGGUCCCGUUUUGCGCUGUUUUGUGCAUGAAACGGUGCAAGCAUGCCUAUGCCUUUCUUACGCUUCUUGUAGAAAGAAUCCCAGCUAAAAUUCGUCUUCUUCAGAACUUAAUGUGGAAAAAUAGAGAAACACAGGUAUUUGAAGUGCCAACAUUGCUAAGUUAAUGCCUGCUUUAUUAUAAACAAAUUCUACCUUGAGAAGCAUUAACACAGUACAUGUUAAUGGAAUGACAAAGAGUGGGUGCAGGGGUUUAGUUUGAAAUAGCUGAAUGAAGGAGUAGUUCUGAACAUUAUUUUUCUUACUUUUGAACUAAAGCCCCGGCCAACUUCUGAAACUACUCUUUAGCAGUGUGCAACCAAACAGGUUCAGUGGCAAUCUUCUAAACCGCCCGACCGGCGUGGUACCAUCCUAGAUUCUCUCAGACCAAAGACUUGCCUCAGCACUGCUUGGGAAACAUCUGCUGCGCUGAAAGCGUUUGCCGGCCCCCUCGUCCCGUCCCCCAGCCCAGAUUAUCUUUAUGAGAAGCAGUUUUUAUUUUCAAUACAGGCUUUAAUGAACCUUCUCAAGUUCCAAAGGUCAAAAUGGAGACAUUUGCUGUCUAUUAGUCAAGUAUAGAAAGGGAGCUGCUUUUAAUGAAAUCCCUGAAAAUAUUGACAACAGUAAUGCAAAUGCAGAGUGCUCUUGUGUAGAUUGUCAGGGACUUUUUUUUCUCUGAAGUACAUAAUUAGAGUUGGAAUGUUCCUUUAAUUUUUUUAAUGCUUGUAGGUGGCUUGGGGUGUGCUAUUGUGCCGAUCCUACCCAGUAAACAGGUGAGAUGGGUUACCAUUACGAGAAAUAACACUGUUUGAGAACUAGCUUUGAAUAAUAAUUUUCCCUUUGUACAUGACCUGCUGAAUUUCGGUACAGUGUUUUUGUAGCUAACUUAUUUUGUCAUGCACAUAAUGUAUAUUUGUUAUGCACUACUUUUGUAUAUCUUGUUUUUCCAACAGUGAGCAUUUUUAGGCACACUUUUCACUGACGGGAUAUCUCUUUAUGCAAUACCUCAAUUUUUCAUAUUGCAAAGAGUAGCUUUUUGUACUUUUAUUACUGAGAGAUCUUCAUAUACUUCAUUUUUUAAUAUAAAUAAUUUUAAUAAAUUUUAUUUUCUUAUAUUCUGCUUUUUAUACAUUUCAGUGCUCUGCAUACAUUUUGAAUUAUGGAUGUUGUGCACUGGCAAUGCUAUUUUAGAAUCUGCAGAGAAAAGAAAGCAUGUUGCUUAAACAUCUUAGCCCAGCACCAGGUAUUUGGUGUACAUAUAAUUUAAGAAAUAGUAUAUGUAAAGUUGAGAAUUAAAGAAGAAAAGCAUGAAAGUGACAAAUGACACUGUCUUUAGACCCUGAAAUUUAAAUGCAUAAAUAUAGCGUAGGAUUUAAAAGCAAAGAAACAUCAAAAUUGUCUACCGCUUCUUACUGAGUUUUUAAAGAUGAUACACAAAUGCAGACGUUUUUGGUGAAUGUUUAGCCAUUUUUAAUAUUAAUAAAAAUUGAUGUUAGGUGUUUGAUGCAGAAAUGUGUCUACUCUUUUAAAUUAUAUUUAAAGAAUAAAAGAGAGCCUGCUAGGUGGCGGGCGCGUAAUGUUAGUAUGCAUGACUAAUGUAAGAAGUUGUUAUUCUACUAAUAUUCACUUGUGAUUGUGUGACAAGCGUGUUUACAGAUUAUUUGGUUACACUUCGAUUUACAGGGCAUAAACAAUUAUAGGCAUUACUCUGUACUUAAGUAGUGACCACACGUCCUUCUGAUUACAUGGGAUUUGUAGUUGGGGUUACCGUGUAGCUCCAAACAUAAUUAACAUGUAAUUAGUUUACCGGUCUUAGGGUAUCACUUCGAUUUGCAAAGGGGUUGAUGAGCAUGUAGUUUUAUCACACUAGCAUGGCACCGGCCAUGUAUUUACAGUGUAGUUACAGAGUAAUUACAUGGUUAUUUUUGCAAUGUAAAAUAAAGUGUUUCUGAUUAUUUUGUAUGUAAAGGAACCCCACUGCCCCGUGCUUUUUGGUAUAGUAUCUACUUCUCCAUACACAGACCUCUGCAGAAUGCAAAUUUAAAACUUGCAGUGAAUGAAUUUAGCGUUUUCUAAGGAUGCUGUUGGAAAGACUUGAUAAUUCACCCCUUUUGUUUUUAGAGGAGUUGAAACCUUCUGUUAAAAGGUGAUUUAAAACUUGAAUGUGAUGAAUUGUGGCAAGUUAACUUCAAGUUAUGUGCAAUACCUAUUUCAGACUUCUGGAAGAUCUUUGCAGUGUAAUUCUUUGUUUUUAAUUGCAGACAUUUAAAAAUGUCAUUUUCUACUGUUCUAGUAAAUCCUCUUUCUUGCUGGCGUUUCUAAAGAAAAGAAUCAGAAAUCGAUCUUUCUACUAAUGUAAAUUUGAGAUUAUUUUUAAAAAAAAUGGAAUAAAAGGUUUUGGUCAUUUGCUUUAUUUUAUUAUUUUAAAGCUACUGUGAUAGCAUUGUAAGAAUUGGGACAAUAUUGUAUUCAACUGUUUUAUUUUUUAUAUUUUUAAAUCUUAAAGUAUAAUUAGUUUUUAUAAUUUUCAUCAGAUUUUUUUGUUAUAUUUUUUGGAAGUGAAACUUUUAGCAAGUGGGUGUCUAGUUUUUACUAAUCCCUAAUAUGUUUUUCCCCGCAAUGUAUUGCUCAUAUUAUCAGAAGGAAAAGUUAUUUAAGUAUGUCAGUUAAUUGUACUACUUGGCUGAAUUUCCAUAUAGUUUUUACUGUGUAUGGGGAGGUUGUAGUAUUUAUUAUAGCAUUUUAAAUAAGGGUAAUUCAUUUUUAUUAAAGUCAUUUUCACGUUUAAGUUCAUAUUUUUGUAUGUUCUACUCUAAGUUAUAUAACACAAGUUACUUUUUUUAAAGAGUUCAUUUGUUGAAGUGCUAGUGAAAAUUAAUGUUAUUAAAUAGUUUGCAAAUGACUAUUUAUACCAGUAUGCAUAUAAUUUUUAAAUAUUUGUAAUGUGAGAUGUUGAAUGAAUAAAACUUUUAACUCA